AUGCUGUGGGGUGUGGAGCCAUGUCUGCCCGUUGGAGAAGACGCGGUACAGGCCCAAUCGCACACGGCCGGUGGUAUUCAGUGUCCUGAUGAGGAAAUGGACUCGGCUAUGGAGAGCUCCGUUCAGGCUUCCCAGAGUGGAGGCAUCUCUAAACCGAAGCCAGGUCUGGUUCCCAAACCUCGCCUCGCUCCCAAGCCCUUCUCUCUGCAGAGGAACACCACAAUUCAUUCCAUCCACGCUCCGAAGACAAUUCAUGGUGUGUCGAAUGCCAAACCAGACCAGAGUGGAAAAUCCGAGGCCGCAGGUGGCUCCCAGCCGGCUCUGAGCACCCCUGCCCCGAAGUCGCCUGAACCGGCUUCCAUUUUAGCUUCUAAGCCGAGCUCUGUGAGUGUCCCCGCCAAAAACCAGCCACCAGAAACCAAGGCGAGCGAAGUUCUUCCACGCAAAGAUGCUACACUUGAUUCUGGUGCUGGAAUAUCAGAUCCAGCUCCUCAAACAAGUCCACCCAAGGAGACACCAAAGUCUGAGCCGGUCCAGGAAGAUGAUGUCAUCCAAACAAACAGCAAACCGUCCACAGAGGCAGGAACUAACUCAGAGCCGAAAGAUGAGGAAAAGAAGGAUGAAAGUCUGGUUAUUGCUGCCCAGAAGGUUGAAGAAUCCAGCAACGACGCUUCCUCUAAAGCUGACUCAACUUAUCCGUGGGGCGGUGCCAGGAAGCGUCUGUCUACGAAACUCACCUCAAAGUUUGAGUCAGGUGGUUUGCCUCUGCCACCUAAACCUAUUAACGCCAUCUCUACAACCAGCAUCAAAGAUGUUUCAGUUAAGCCCGUGCCUUCCGCUCCAGAGCAGACCCUGGCAAAGUCAGAACCCUCAAACCGUGAGGGUGAUGCCGAUGAACCAAAGGAGGAAUACAGCGGAGGGAACAGCAUAAAACGCAGGAUCAGUCUUCUGUUUGACUCGUCUUCAAGGCCAGAGGCAACAACAAAGAAAGAGGAACCAGAAGUGAUGAAUGUCACCAGUGGAGUGAAGGAGCGGAUCCGGAACUGGGCUGCAGAGACGGGUUCUGAUGGUCCUAAGGCUGAGAAGAAGCCUCUGGUUGCACCCAGAACCUGCUCCAAAGUUUUUGAGCCUGCAGCUGUGUCACCAGCAGAGAAAACACUUAACAUUCAAACUAUAGAGGUUCCUAUAGCUGAGGAAGCUCCUCCUCAGGCUGGGGACCCAGUAUUGGUGAUCUCACCAACUCAUCAACCUACAGAGAAGCAGUUCGAAGUGACAAAAGAUGCUCCCAAUCAAAGUGAGUCAUCAGAGAGUUCAGUAGACACAUCAGCAGAGCAGAAGAAAGCAGAGGAGGAUGUUCAGUUACGCAGUCGCAGCCUGUCUCCGUCCCACGCCGCCAACGCUGAAGAAGACUCAGCUUCUGGUUUCAAACCAAGACGGGACAAUGUGAAACGUCGCUCUGUUCGCUUCGGUACCGUGGUUACAGACGAUGGUAGCCCUCCAUUGAUCCUGGGCUCAGAGUCUGAGUCCAGCACAGAAGAAGAAGAAGAGGAAGAAGAAGAAAACGAUGCUUCUAACAGUAAAACUGAUGAGGGUGCCCUCAACUCUGUGCCUGUCUACAGAAAAGUUGGAAUUCUGCAGAGGAAGGACGAGGAGAUGCAAAGACAAGAUGAAGAAAGGCUAAAAUCCGUGGAAUUGGAUCAAAUACAGAAGAAAGAGGAGAAGGAACAGGCGAGAUGCAACUUAGAGGAUGAGCAGAAACACGAUGAACAGGAGAGGGAGAAAGAAGAGGCACGACAGAGGGAAGAGCGUAGACUCAGAGAGGAGGAAAUAGAGAAACAAAGAGUACAGGAACUAGAAAGAAAACGGUUAGAAGAAGAGCUAUGCGAGUUGGAAGAGGAAAGAAAGAGGAAAGAGCAGGAAGAAGAGAGACUAAGACAAGAACAGGAGGAGAGGGAAAAGGAGAGACUCAGAGAGGAAGAGAGGAACGCAGAAGCACUGAAGGAAGAAUUAGAAAAACAGAGGCAAAGAGAAGAAGAGGAGAGACAGAUUCAAGACAAUAAGAAGCAUGAUCUGGAGAUAAAUUUGGGAGAGGAAGAGAUGAGUAAAGAGAAAGAAAGGCAGGAGGAGCGGGACGGGUUCAAAGGAGAGGAGGUAGAGAGGGAACAAGUGGAGUUGGAGCUGCUGAGGCAGAGACUCGAGGAGGAGAAAAGAGAGGAGGAAAGGCAGAUGGAGGAGAGACUUCGACAAGAGGAGAGGGAGAAAGAAAGAUUAACAAAGGAGGCUGAUGAAAGAGAGAGACAGAAGAGACUGGCAGAGGAGGAGAUGCGGAGGAAAAGACAGAGACAGGAAGAAGAGGAGAGAAAAAGAACUGAGCUUGAAAUGAAAGUCCAGCAGGAAAAGGCGGAAGAGUUGGAGAGAAUAAGAGAAAUAGAAGAACAAAGAGAGGAGGAAAGAAAGAGACAGAUGGAGAAAGAAAGAGAGGAGCUGGAGAGAAAUAUGCGAGGGGAAUUAGAAAGACAGCGGGCAUCUGUACUCAGAAAAAAGCAAGGAAUAGAAGAAGAGGGAGAAAGAAAAGAGCUUGAUUCACUCAUUAAGGAGGAUAGCGUGUCCGAUAACAGCGAGCUAAAUCUUAUCAAUUUUGACGGUGAAGAUUUGCCUCAGAAGUCAGAGACAUUGUGCUCUCCCACGUCAAACAUCUCUGAGCCCACAGAGUGUCUGAUCGAUGUUGCUUAUGAUGACUUCUCUGUCAGAACGUCUCUGAUUGAUGUUGAUUAUGACGACUUCUCUGUCAAACCAACGAGGGGCUCCAAGGCAAAAGCGGAAAAAACCCCCAUCACUUAUGGCGGGGCCGAUGGCCUUGGUGAUACCGAGGGGUUGCUGCUGUCUCUGGAUGUUGAACCCCAGGACUCUCAGGAAGACCACAAGCCGGUGGAGAAAGAGCGGGUGUCCCCUCCACCCUGGGAGGACCUGAAGAUAGGUGGGGUCGUGGAGAAUGAAGUGAAGGUAGAAGAGGAGGAGGAAGAGAAGCCAGAGGGAAACCUGCCUAUCUCUGAGGUGGAAGCAGAAGAGGAAGAAGAAGGGGAGCAGGAGGAGGAGAGAAACAAUGAGGAAGAAGAGAAAACAGAGGAAGAUGAAGUGGAGACGAUGGCAGCUGAGGUUGAAGAGGAGGACACAGGGAAGGAAGAGAGCACGGGAGGGAGGACGGACUGCAGUCUGAGCUUGGGAACCAUGCAGUACUUGGGAGGGAAACUCUCAGCUGUCCAGCUGCAGGUGGCAGGCUGGGUGGGCGGCGUGCGGCGGUCCGUGCAAGGGGCUCUGGGACUGGUGUGGGGCCAGUCAGAUGAGAGGCAGGACGAGGAGGAGGAUGAGAAGAAAGAAGAAGAAGCAAAAGAAGGUGGAGAUGCAGACGGGAGUAUUCAGAGAGCCAUCUCACCACUUCGUAGCUUCACCCGAAAUAGCAGGAGGUCCCUGCGUCGCUUCUCUUUCAGAAGUCGAAAGAAUGUCCAGAAGAGAGCCACGGAAGCCGUUUCUCCACAAGUUUAUGAUGAGCACAAAGACAAUGAUGCUUUGGCAGAUGAUGAAGACCACAAACAGGACGGAGUUUAUGAACCGGAGUCUCAGCCUGACAGUCAAGCACCAGUCCCUGACCAAGUCCCUGACAUCCCUUUUGAAGAAGUUGAUACCAGCGAUUCUAACAGAGAGCCAGAUUUUCCUCCACUUCCUGAGAAUUCCACUCCUCUGCUUGAUACCAGCGCGCAGAGAUCGAAGGCAGCGCUGGGAAAGAGGCGAAGCCGCUCACGUCCAUCACGCUCACUGCGUGCAGGGUUGGAUCAGAAGGGCAAACCUGACUGGAGGAUCCAUGACUCCACAAAUGGAAAAGAAAUAUCUUCCAAGCAAAGGGAGUCUGAUUCUGAGGAGGAGCAACCCACAGCAAAGACUGCUCAGAUAAAAAGGCGAACAGGUGGUGGAGGACCAGGAGCCGGAGAGGACACAGAAGAGGACAAGAGAGGAGAGGGCAAGGGUACUCACAACGAGGAAGUAGUUCCAUCUCCAACACAGCUAUCGCGAUCUCCCCGUUCAGGGUCUCUUCUUGCAGGGGCUGCGCGCGUGCUGCCACCCCUAGACGCCAAGAAUGGAGGCAAACAAUUUAAAAUGACAGAACAGCAGGGAGCCCCAGACCAGCUGCCUGCAGACAAGGGCCAAGGAGGAGCAGGAGCCACUUAUAAGCUGGCCAUAUUUGAAUUUGAGAACUUUCGUGGAAAAAAGGUAGAGCUGUCUGGCGAAUGCAAAGAUGUGUUGGAGAAUACACAACGAGUUGGAUCGCUCAUUGUGGAGUUGGGACCUUGGGUGGGAUUUGAGCGCCCAGGUUUUGCAGGUGAGCAAUUUGUGCUUGAGAAGGGAGAAUAUCCUCGUUGGAGCACCUGGACCAACAGCCAGAGUAGCUACAGUCUGAGUUCCUUCAGACCUCUGAAAGUGGACAGUGCAGAUCACAAGCUGCACUUCUUUGAGAGUGCAGGCUUUGAAGGCAGAAAGAUGGAGAUUGUUGACGAUGAUGUCCCCAGUCUGUGGGCUUAUGGCUUCCAGGAUCGUGUGGCCAGUGCUAAGACUAUCAGUGGAACGUGGGUUGGAUACAUGUAUCCAGGUUACAGAGGGCGUCAGUACGUGUUUGAGCAUGGAGACUUCAAACACUGGAAUGAUUGGGGAGCCACUGCACCUCAGAUCCAGUCCGUCCGACGUGUGCGGGACAUGCAGUGGCACAAGAGAGGGUGCUUUAUUGCCCCUUCCCCUGCACCUGCCCCGGCCCCAGCCCCUGCCCCCGCCCCUGCCCCUGCCCCUGCCCCAGGACCUACUCCUACACCACCCAAUCCAAACCCUAAACCUACUCCCAACCCUAACCCCACUCCUAAAUCCCAAACCCAACCCAAACCUUAA